AUGUUCAACACCUUCAACCCCCCUCCAAAUCCCUGGCCCAAACCGCCCCUCCAACCCCUCCCCUUCUGGCAACGCGCCGUCUGCGACUGCCACUACUUCUACCAAUUCUUCCUCUGCGGCUGUCCCGACCACCCUUUCGACCCAACCACCACCACCGGUACCAACCCCAACAACACCAACCCCCACCUACCAAGCACGCACACCCCCAACUUCCGCCCCUGCGCCAUCGCCCAAGCCCCCAAAAUCGACCAACUCCGACACUUACUCACCGGCUUUCGACACAACCGCACGCCGCCGAUCCGUCGGGAGCCAAGCAUCCUGCCGUUUCCGUGUUUUCGACACUUGCAGGAGGCAAGGCAGUAUCUCCCGCCUGCUGCGCUGAGGGGGGCUAGGAAGAGGUUGUUGGAUCCGAAGUGGAAUCCGGUUGGGGUGAGGAGGUUGAAUGAAAAUUAUCGGGGGAUGGUUAGGUUUAUGGGGGGGGUGGGAUAUGGGCGAGGGACUCAAGGUGGGCUUGAGGAGGAGGAAGGAGUUGAGGAGGUGGAGAUGGAGGUUGAAGGGGGGAAAUCAGGGAAGAGGGUGACGUUUUGGGAUUUGGAGGAUAGUGAUGAACCACAGCAGCGGCAGCAGCGGCAGCGGGUACAUCGGAUCGUGGGCGAGAAACGGAAAAGGGACGAGGAAAAGGGUUGGAGUAGCGGCGAGAAAGACUGGGGCAGUAUCCUCCGGCCGCGAUCAAGGCGACGUUCGUCAACAUCAGACCCGGGGUCGGGGUCUGGAUCAACGGACUACGACGAGUUCUCUAUCAACGAACUGGACCCAAGCACGGAUAUGGAAGGGUUCCACGAACAGUUUCAAAAACGGCUGGCACAACUAGAGGCACAACGGCAGAAUACUGUGCGGCAGUUUGGGAUUGAUGACUCUGACCUGGACUUUCCACCUCCAAGUCAGCCUGUCUCGCUGGACAGUCCCCGGGAUAACGCGUGGAUGUUUGACACCGAGCCGAUGGUGACGGACCACCACAGCGCCAUGUCUACACCAAGCCCGAGCCACAUCCAAAACCAAGACCUGCUUGACAGUCCCCCCCCACCGGCCUACCGAACCCCACCGCCGGCGUACAGACGCACGCCUCCAGCCACGCGGUCGCAUAGCCGAAACCAAUCCACGACAACCAUAUUCCCGGGACCUAACACCCACCGUGGUGUCUCCAAGCCGUCCAAACUCUCUUCGUCACACACUUCCUCCGCGGCCCGCCACAAAGCAGCCACCACCAACCCGUUUCAGGCUCUUGCUUGGCUGGUAGAGGAACAAACUGCCGACCUCAGCCAACAAGACGGUUACCGCUGGCAUUGUAACCUGCCCCGAGCGCAGUCCAACACGGCUGGUUAUUACCCCGAUCCCUAUCCCUAUCCUUCUCCCCAGGACCCCCAAACAACCAAUAACGAAACAGAGAAAAUCACCCACUACGACACCUCCUCCCACACCGGCUACCACACCGGCGCCUACCGACUCGACGACUCCGUGCUCCACCAGGCCCGACUCGCCCAAUGGGCGGGGGCUAACCCGGGGCCGGGAGUCUACGCUGGUGUGAUUCCUGAUGGAUCGCCACCAUAUAAUUCACUGACCAACUCCGCAAUCACUGCGAACCCCACCGGGUUCUGGUCCGGCUAUAAACAAGCAGGCUUCAACAACAUCGCCACCACCAAUGACAGGAACGUCAACAGCGGUCCACCCGUCUGGGCCGGGGGUUCCUGUGCCAAUGCCUUUUGUCAGCGGGAGAGGGUGGGCUGGGGGGGUAGCAAGGCAAGGUGUUGUCCGUUGUGUCCGAAUUGGAGAGUCAAUGUGGGAUUUGUGAGGGGGGAUGCGUUGGAUGGGGGGUGUCCUUUUGGAGGGUAUGGUUAUGGUUCUUACGGGGCUUAUAACAGCUAUAAUCCGAGUAUUCAGCCCACUUAUAACUCUGCUCACUAUCGGCACACCAAGUCUGGCCCAUCGGACUACUACAGCCUCUACCAAGACCAAAACUUCAACUACAACAACCACAACCCCAACCAAAGCUUUAACUACAACAACAACCCCUACCAGCAAUACACCCACCCCUCAAACAACCCCAACACCUACACCGACCACACCCACACCUCCAACAACAACAACACGAUCCACCCAGCAGCCGCCUCAUCCUGGGGCAUGAUCAUGGCCGAACGGGUCCGCCAGAUCUGGGAGGAGUUUGUCUCGGGGUGGUCGUCUACGACAAGCCCAGAGGGAUCGCCAAGACUGGGUGACGGACAGGGAGGGGGACAAAGAGAGGGGGGGUCACGAGGGGGAUGGUGGGGGUGGAAUGGGGGUUGGUUGAGUAUGUGA